GUUUUCCAAAUGGGACUGAGUCGCUCAAGAUGGCCAGAGCUGGAGGACUCGGCGUGUUCCGCCUCUUGUGCCUGUUCGCCGUGUUUGAAGCGGCAUGUCUGCUGGACUCCGGCAUGCUCUUCCCCCGGGAGUCCUCCUCCCGGGAGGUGAAGGAGCUCAACGGGCUGUGGAGCUUCAGGGCUGACCGGAGGAACCAGGGGUUCGAGAGGGCAUGGUACAAAAGUCGCCUUGCAGAGACUGGCCCAGUGAUCGACAUGCCGGUUCCUGCCAGCUACAAUGACAUCACCCAGGACCCCACACUGAGAGAUUUUAUUGGCUGGGUUUGGUAUGAGAGGGAGGCGGUUGUGCCUGCCCGCUGGAUCGCCGACGAAGGAACAAGAAUUGUCGUCCGAGUGGGAAGUGCUCACUAUUACUCAGUAAUUUGGGUGAAUGGGGUGAAAGUGACGGAGCAUAAAGGUGGCCAUCUUCCUUUUGAGGCUGAGAUAGGCGCUUUACUCCGCAAGGACCCAACUCAGCCGUGCAGGAUCACCAUCGCUGUCAACAACACUCUGUCCCUGGACACUCUUCCACCGGGGUCCAUCAAGUACAUGAACGACAAGACCAAGUAUCCUGAUGGGUAUUUUGUGCAAAGCAUCUUCUUUGAUUUCUUCAACUAUGCCGGCAUACAUCGCUCCGUAUUGCUGUAUACUACUCCUAAGGCGUAUGUGGAUGACAUCACCGUGGUGACUAACUUCUUCGAUAACACUGGUGUUGUCCAAUACAAGUUAUCAGUCCGAGAUGCCGUCUCAGCCACCAUAAAAGUCACUUUGAUGGAUAAAGAUGGCCACUGUGUGGCCUUCUCCAGCAAGCAAUCUGGAGACCUCACAGUAAAGGAUGUCAUUUUGUGGUGGCCCUACCUGAUGCAUGAGAACCCAGGUUACCUUUACUCUAUGGAGGUCCGCUUAAAGGCAGCCGAUGAGAAAUCUGCGUACGAGGAUGUUUACACUCUACCAGUUGGCAUCCGCAUGGUCAACGUUACCAGCACCCAGUUCCUCAUCAACAACAAGCCCUUCUACUUCCAUGGAGUCAAUAAACAUGAGGACUCUAAUAUUCGAGGUAAAGGCUUCGACUGGCCCCUCAUUGUCAAGGACUUUAACUUACUGAAAUGGCUGGGGGCCAACUCGUUCCGUACUAGCCACUACCCCUAUGCAGAGGAGAUCAUGCAGAUGUGUGACCGCCACGGCAUUGUGGUGAUAGAUGAGUGCCCGGGCGUGGGCAUCAAAGACAUCCUCAGUUUUGGAAACGCCUCCCUGACCAAUCACCUGGUUGUCAUGGACGAGCUUGUGCGUCGGGACAAAAACCAUCCCUCUGUGGUCAUGUGGUCAGUAGCCAAUGAGCCGGCUGCAGAGAUGCCCCCCGCUGACUUCUAUUUAAAGACCGUGAUACAACAUACCAAAGCUCUGGAUCCAACUCGGCCCGUCACUUUUGUUUCAGACAGUAACUAUGCCAGGGAUAAAGGGGCUCCCUACGUGGACGUCAUCUGCGUGAACAGUUACUUCUCCUGGUACCAUGAUCCAGGCCACGUGGAGCUCAUCGCCCUACAGCUCAACACUCAGUUUGAGAACUGGUACGGAAAAUACCAGAAACCCAUCAUCCAGAGCGAAUAUGGAGCAGAUACGGUGCCGGGGCUCCACAGUGAUCCCCCCAUGAUGUUUACUGAAGAGUACCAGAACAUCGUCCUGAAAAACUACCACAAAGUGUUCGACGAGAAGAGGAAGCAGUACGUCAUUGGUGAACUCAUCUGGAACUUUGCGGACUUCAUGACUGCACAAGGGGUCCUGCGCGUGGUGGGGAACAAGAAGGGUGUUUUCACCAGGGAGCGGCAGCCCAAAGCCGCAGCGUUCAUCCUGAAGGAGAGGUACUGGAGACUGGCCAACGAAACGGGCAGACUGCCUCCUUGGACCAAGUACCCCUGCUCAUUCUGACACCUGCCAGUCGGGUCACCCGGUCCAGGACGGGCUUGAUCCUACGUUUUCCUAUAUACCUCGUAAAAAAAACCAUGCAGUUUAGUCAAAGCGCUUAUAGAAUACUUAAUUGAAUCGCACCUUAAAACCAUUUUGAAUACGCGCAACCGAUCAAACCACCAUGACAUUCAGCUACGCUUCUCUCAUGGUCUGCAGUUAUGAACUAAACCAUCAACACUAAUGAACAUUUGAAUCAUUAUACAAUUCACAUGUUGGUGACAUGGUCUCCUGAGGAUACCUGUGACUAACACUCAAUUUAGCUGUUGGAGGAUUUUCUGAUGCAUGUGUGUGGCAGGACUUUCCACUGCCAUCUUAAGGUCACGAUCCCAAUUCUUCAUCACCGAUUGGCUCCCACCUUUCUACCUGGCAGAGAAAGCACACACCACAAUACAACCAAAUAUGUGUACUGUUAAUGUGAAUUGCAGUGCUCCAAUCAUUCGCGUUUUAUUUUUAUAUGUGAAAAUCAAGAAUUAUUUUAUAAGAAUCAACAUAUUAAAGACAACAUAAGAACUGUA